AUGCCACCCAAGCCCAAGCAAAUAGACGCAUCUCAAGAGAAGAAGACGGCGGAUGACCUGCCAGAGCUCCCGGCAAAGGGCACGCAGAAGUUUAUAUACGUGUCCGGGACUGUCUAUGAGGGGGAGUACGACACUAUUGACGGGCAAAUUUACAGACACGGACUCGGAAAGCUGAUCGAGAACCUUUCGCCGGUGGACCCCGAUGAGUGUCCAGGCUUCGAUCCGCUAGAGCCGCCCCCUGGCUCGUGCCGCGCCCAGGUAUUUGACGGCCUUUGGGUGAAGGACGCCUUUCAAAAGGGGAAGAUUUCUUACGUAGAUGGCUCGGAAUACGUCGGUGAAAUUGAUAGUAAUGGGUCUUAUGUAACAGGAGGUGUUUAUAUAUUCCCCUGUGGAUCUAGGUGGAUUGGUGGGUUUCUAGGCUGUGAAAUGCAUGGAGAAGGCCACUUUAUUGACAAAGACGGUGUUGCGUGGAGAGGAACAAUGAAUCAUAACAAUUGCUCUUCCAUGAUUAGAGUUCACGGGUAUGUCCACAAGGAUCCGGUGCUUUUCGAGACAAAUAACGGAUCCCCGGCCAGUCUUACAAAUACAUUGUCCCAUAAGGACGUAGAUAAAACGGAGACUACGCACCAGUAG